CAAUUAAUGGAUUUACGACAUAUUUAAGAUUUGUUAAAUAAGACAAAAAGAAAUAGAAAACUCAUGGGAUCGGUGAAGCAACGCGACGACCAAUUAUCUACUAGGGGACGACCUUUAUCACCUAGUGAUGACCCUCCCAAUUAUCCACCACCACCGUAUCCGACAAACGAACCACCACGUUACCCGUUUUCUCACGACCCGAAUGAUCAAAUGAUUCGUCAGGGACAACCACCCUCACAAGUCGUAUCUGAAUUGCCACCGCGACUACCAACCCUUGUAAAGGGUCAGAAGAUCAGAAGCGGACCCUACAUGAUCACAGUGACCGAUGAAAUGGUUGCCGAACGGGAGCGUCAAAAUGAAGCUCUAUACAGAGAAUGGCUGGAAGAAGAGCGAAUAAGGAACAUGAGUCCUGAAGACAGAGAAAGAGAACAAUACAUGGGGCAAUUUCGUUACGCUAAAAUUCGACGGGCUUUCAUACGAAAAGUCUUUUGCAUAGUAGCGUUACAGUUAGUGUUUACAACAGCCAUUACUACUCUUUUCAUAAUGGAGUACGUAAUAAUUUCUACUCUGUCCUGGACUUACAUGAUAGCUUGUGCAUCCACUCUAUAUAAUAUUAAAGUAGUUAUCAUAGCGUGUGCAGUGACUAUGGUAACAACUUUCGUUAUAACUUUUGUAGCAACAUUUACUAAGUGCGAUUUAACGAACCGGUCUGGAUUGAUGAUUGUAAUUAUGGUGGUAAUUCUGUUGGCAUGUGUUGGUAUGACCAUUUCGAGACUCUUCACGGAUAUGAAAAUAUUACAUUUAAUAUUUGCAAACCUGCUUGCACUAUGUAUCUGCGUGAUGAUGUUUAUAACGGUACAAGAAAUCAUGGGUGGUCGACGUGCCGAAUUAAGUCCAGACGAAGUUGUUUAUGCCGUUGCACAACUCUAUCAUGACAUUGUAUUCCUUUAUCACUAUUUACUUCUAAUAACAGACUUAUGUAUGGGAUAAACACGGAAAACUGAUCGACAAAAGAUUCAUGUACACAAAGAAUGCACAGAGAAAAUUAUG